AUGGACGGGGGAGCGGGAGGUGGCCCCGGGGUGCCCGGUUCUGAAAACCCCAACCGCGCCGUGGAAUAUCUGCUGGAGCUCAAUAACAUCAUCGAGAGCCAGCAGAAGCUGUUGGAAACCCAGCGGCGGCGGAUCGAGGAGCUCGAAGGGCAGCUGGAGCAACUGAACCAAGAGAACCGGGACCUGCGGGAAGGAGACAGAGAGCGAGAACGGGAGCGACACCGAGAUCGGGACCGGGACCGGGACCGGGACCGGGACGGGCAGUAUCACCACAAGGAGAGGGAGAGCCACUAUCAGAACCGCACGGAUCGAGACGGGCAGUAUCAGAACCGGGAAGGCCAGUAUCCCAACCGGCAGAACCAGUAUCAGCAUCGGGACAAGGAACGAGAUCUACAGCACUAUGGAAACCGGGAUGGGCAGUACCAGAACCGGGAGAGCCACUACAGGGAGCCCUGCCAGUUGCAUCGAGAGCGGGCGCCGCAGUGCCAUCAGGCUCGGGAGAAGGAGCACGAGUACCCUCGACCACCCCGGGAAAGGGAGAGGGGGCAGCUGAACCGUGGGGCGUCGCGGAGCUCCAGUCCUGGGGCAGGCGGAGGCCACAGCACCAGUGCCAGUACCAGCCCAGCCACCACGCUGCAGAGAAAGUCGGAUGGGGAAAAUUCAAGAACUGUCAGUGUGGAAGGAGACCCUCCAGGAAGCGAAACAGGAACUAUAGUGGACAGUGUGGGCAGUCAGCCGUACCGAUGUAUCCCUGAGGUGACCAAGGUUGAGCACUAUGAUUUAGUGCCAUCUUCCUCCUCUUCUGUCUGUCAUGCUCCGUCACCAGGUCUUCCGUGGGCCCAGCGAGCUCGGCUACAGCCAGCCAGCGUGGCGUUGAGGAAGCAGGAAGAGGAGGAUAGCAAACGAUCAGCACUAUCAGACAGCUAUGAGCUCUCAACGGAUCUUCAGGACAAAAAGGUGGAGAUGCUGGAGCGGAAGUAUGGGGGCUAUUUCUUGAGCCGGCGGGCAGCUCGUACAAUUCAAACAGCCUUUCGCCAGUACCGCAUGAACAAAAAGUUUGAGCGUCUAAGAAGUUCGGCAUCAGAGAGCCGUAUGUCACGGCGCAUCAUCCUGUCCAACAUGCGGAUGCAAUAUUCGUUUGAGGAAUAUGACAAGGCCCAGAAUGCCCCUUACUUUGAAGGCAAACCUGCCUCUCUGGAUGAGGGCUCCAUGGCUACUGCUCGACCUCACCUGCUGGAUCAUGGCCUUCCCUACGGUGGCUCCUGCCGGGCUGGCUUGGACGGUGCCUCCCUGCAUUCCUCUUCUGGAGGCUUCUGCAAUGACAUCACGGAGCUGGAGGAUUCCUUCUCCAAGCAGGUGAAGUCCUUGGCAGAAUCGAUUGAUGAAGCCUUAAACUGCCACCCACUUGGCCAGGAGGGAGUACCUGGUGGCCCCACUUUGGAAAAAAGUGAAUCCAAGGAGCAGCAGGGUGACAGUGCUGCCACUUCAUUCAGUGAUGUCACACUCUAUCUGGACGAAGGCGCUCCCACGUCACCCCUCUCUCUGGAGCGCCCCCCCAGCACUGAGCCCCCAGAGCCUGCUCCGGGAGUGCCCCUCCCACCACCCCCACGGCCGGAGUACUGGGGGGUGCCCCAGCGGGAGGACAGCCGGGAGAAUGGGGGCGGGAGCCGGCGCAGCACACCUUGCAUGGAAUGCCGGGACUACCGCCUUCGGGGCGCUCACCUGCCCUUGCUCACAAUUGAGCCUCCCAGUGACAGCUCAGUGGAUCUGAGCGACCGUUCUGAUCGGGGUUCACUCAAUCGGGGGCUCAUCUAUGAGCAAGAUGGCUGCAGCCCCCAUGGCACUCUCAAACAUCCUGGCGGGCCUGCCCGCUCCCCACACCCACACCGCCAUUAUCAUCCCGAGCAAAGCCAGCCUCCUCCACCUUUGCCCAUCCCACCCCCUCAGGCCCCCGGCCGCCUGCCUCCGCCUCCUCCGCCGGACAACUCAGAUGGCGACAACGACAGCCUCAACAGCACCACCAACUCCAAUGAGACCAUCAACUGCAGCUCAGGAUCCUCCUCACGGGACAGCCUGCGUGACCCGCCGCCACCUGCCCCAACCACCACCACAACUGUUGGGGGGCCCUGCAAGCAGACCUACCAGCGUGAGACGCGGCAUAGCUGGGACUCUCCUGCCUUCAACAAUGACGUGGUGCAGCGCCGCCAGUACCGAAUCGGCCUCAACCUUUUCAACAAGAAACCAGAAAAGGGGAUCCAGUAUUUAAUUGAGAGAGGCUUCUUGUCAGAUACGCCGGUGGGCGUGGCCCGGUUUAUCCUGGAGCGGAAGGGGCUGAGCCGGCAGAUGAUUGGAGAAUUUCUUGGCAACCGGCAGAAGCAGUUCAACCGAGAUGUACUUGACUGUGUUGUAGAUGAGAUGGACUUCUCCAGCAUGGACCUGGAUGAUGCCCUGAGAAAGUUCCAGUCACACAUUCGGGUGCAAGGUGAGGCCCAGAAGGUGGAGCGUCUCAUUGAGGCCUUCAGCCAGCGCUACUGUGUAUGCAAUGCCCCAUUGGUGCGCCAGUUUCGGAACCCUGACACCAUCUUCAUCUUAGCUUUUGCCAUCAUCCUUCUCAACACUGACAUGUAUAGCCCCAGUGUCAAAGCAGAGAGGAAGAUGAAGCUGGAUGACUUCAUCAAAAACCUGCGGGGGGUUGAUAAUGGGGAGGAUAUUCCCCGUGACCUCUUGGUAGGGAUUUACCAGCGGAUACAGAACCGAGAACUGCGCACCAAUGAUGAUCACGUUUCUCAGGUCCAGGCAGUUGAGCGCAUGAUUGUGGGCAAAAAGCCGGUUCUCUCUCUGCCCCAUAGGCGCCUGGUGUGCUGUUGCCAGCUGUAUGAGGUCCCCGAUCCCAACCGGCCCCAGAGGCUUGGCCUGCACCAAAGGGAAGUCUUCCUCUUCAAUGAUCUCUUGGUGGUGACAAAGAUUUUCCAGAAGAAGAAGAUCCUUGUGACCUACAGUUUCCGCCAGAGCUUCCCACUUGUUGAGAUGCAGCUACAGCUCUUUCAGAAUUCCUAUUACCAGUAUGGGAUUAAACUACUCUCAGCUGUCCCCGGUGGGGAACGAAAAGUCCUGAUCAUCUUCAAUGCCCCCAGUCUGCAGGAUCGAUUGCGCUUCACAAGUGACCUGCGGGAGUCCAUCGCUGAAGUGCAAGAGAUGGAGAAAUACCGUGUGGAAUCGGAACUUGAAAAACAGAAAGGAGUAAUGCGCCCCAACGCCUCUCCUUCUUCUGGGCCUAAGGACACCGUGAAUGGCACCCUGACCCGGAGCAGUCUAGAGGAUGCCUAUACUAUGGGAGAGGGCCUGAAGAGAAGUGCCCUCAAUAGCUCCCUGCGUGACCUCUCUGAUGCUGGCAAGCGGGGCCGCCGUAACAGCGUGGGAUCCUUGGACAGCACAAUUGAAGGGUCUAUCAUUAGCAGCCCACAUCCCCAUCAGAGGGUGCCGCCACCACCUCCUCCAGAGGAAUACAAGCCCCAGCCUCGGCCCCCCUCGAACUCGUCCUCCUUCCUGGGCUCCCUGUUUGGCAGCAAGCGUGGGAAGGGCCCUUUCCAGAUUCCCCCUGGCCAGGCCUCGGCAUCCUCCUCUUCAGCGGCUUCGUCCCACCAUCAUCUGCCCCAGCACCACCCACAUCACAGCCACCCCUCUCUCCCUGAUGUCGGCCAGUCUAAGCUGCAGGCGCUUCAUGCCCAGUACUGCCAUAGCCCCUCUGCCCAGCCCCCACCUCCCUAUCCCCAGCAGCCCCCGCCCCCCCAGCAGCCAGCUCCCCCACCCCCACCUUUGGCCCUGCCCUCCAACCCUCUGCCACCUCAGGUCCAGCGCUACCACCAUUCCCAGCAGCCUCCUCUCUCGGCUCCCCCUCAGAAGCAGGCAGUGCCCGCUUUCCCUACACCGCAACCCCACCACCACUACACUCUCGGUCGGCCUGGGCAGCAGAAGCGCCACCAGAUGGCUGCUGCUGCUUCCCAGCACCCUCCCUUCCCUCAUGGGCGCCAACCCAUCUCGCCGCUGCCCCUCUACAGCCCUGCCCCUCAGCAUGCCCUGGCCCACACCUACCCCCAGCAAUUGCAUCAGUCAGGGGUCACUGGGCAGCACACCCUGCACAGGCAGCAGGCCCCAAAGCACUUUAUUUUCAGCCAUCAUCCUGCACAGCUCCUACAACGACCUCCUCUGCCCUCUGGCAUGGGACCAUAUCCUGGGCAUCAUGGCCAUCAGCCACACCACGGCCAACCCCCAAUGCCCCCACCUCAUUCUCCCAUUCCCCCGCACCCUUCUUAUCCACCUCUUCCCCCUCCAUCGCCCCAUACGCCUCUCAGCCCCCACUCUCCGGCCGCUCCUACGUCCCCUCUGGCCCAGCACAUGCCCAUGCACCAGGGGGGUCCUCCAGCCAUGCCUCCUCAAGGGCCCCCAAAUCCCAAGCCUAAGCCGGUCAACAGAAUCAGCACCGUUGUGUGA